AUGUCCGACCGGGAUAUUCUCAUUCAACGCGGGCCGGCCAAUCCCUUCAGCACCUCAGCGACGACUUGUCAAGGUGGUAAUCCCGGGACAUCUUCUUCCGAGGUUAGGGACGACAAUUCUUUCAGAACGUCAAUAUUUGGCAUUCCUCGUGCCAGACCUCACGACGAGGCGAAGCUUGGGCAUGCGGAUAGCACCAAGGUCGGUAAAGGCGAAGGUUAUCAUUGGAAAUUUGUUUGUGCGAAUAUUCUACGGAGAGAAGAGCUCACCAUGAUCAUCUACGACCAGUACCAACCGAGUAACCUUCUCAUCAACGAUGCGGGUAGGAUCUUUCAAUCCACCGUGCCUACAAAAAGUCGGAUAUUUGUGACUGGCAACGGCGCACCAUCCAAAGCGAUGAAAGAGAGCAGCAGUGACUUCCAGUCUCAAGUCAGGUCAUCGAAAGAACAGACAAGACGGUUUUCCGUAUGA